AUGGGGCAAGUGGUGUCAGCUCUCCAGCAGCCCGAUUCAUUCGCCUGUUUUGGUAACUAUGGUGGGAAGCAUGUCCCACAAACCAAAGCAGAUCUUGGUCCAUGGAAUCCCAAGAAGAAGGAAUUAAAUGGUAUAUUAAGGAGUUAUGUUUGGAGCGAGAGACCUCUACUUUUUCCAAAACGACUUACAGAGUAUUAUCAAGGUCCGAAUGGUGAAGGGCCAGAAAUCUAUCUUAAAAGGGAAGAUAUUAACCCUGGAAACUUACAUAAGAUCAACAAUGUUGUUGCCCAAGCUUUGUUGGCCAAUAGAUUAGGGAAAAAACGAAUCAUUGCUGAAAUGGGUGAUGGGGAUGGGGAACAUGGAGUAGCAACAACAACUGUAUGUGCACAAUAUGGCAUGCAAUGCGUUAUUUACAUUGCUGCUCAAGAUAUGGAAAGGCAAGCCAUUGAUCUACGCAGAAUGAAGAGCAAUGGAGCCGAGGUUCUUUGCUGA